UGUAGAUGAGGUAUGUUGUCACUUAGUUGUCAAGUAGUAGGUUGGGUGCUUUGUCAGUUUUGUCUAAGUCCAAAUUAUCCCAGAUAUUUCGCGAAGUUUCUAAAGCUCGUGAGUUUUCAAAAAAGUGAUCUUCACAUGUUAAUAGGCUACAUAAAGGAGUUUGAAGUUGUGUGUUGAAGUUAGUUUGUAGGUCUCUUUCAUCAAUAGUUCGACGGAUAUUUUCCAUAAGAACAUCAAUUGUUUGAGGAUCGUUAGUG